GUGACCACAUGGUUCCGUAUCCUUGUUCCUUCACUUUUACUCGGCAGUGUUUUCCUUCGACUCGGCAGAGACAGAAUCGAAAGUGUGUAAUUUCCUCGUUUCGGCCGGUUUUCGCCCCUUUUUUCGAUUCGUACGCCCUUCGUUCUCUCAUCGAGCGCAGCCAUCACGAAGCCGGACCGACUCCUCGCAUUUUGACGCGUUACAAUAAGGUUAUUGCGAGUUUUAUUAUUGUCGAGAGCGUGGCCCCGUGUCGCGUUUCUGCCUCUCUUCCAGACUCUUUCCCACAUGUGACGUGACAGUCGACCUGUCCGCCAUCCGAGUGAGUCCGAUUUUUACAUAUCUGAGGGGAUUUUUCGCCUUUUUUCCUUCCACCCCGGAGGUGUCUUUUCGAGGGGCUCCGUCGAAAGUGCGUGGGACCGAAUCAGUCGUAGAAGGUGUCCGGAUCGCCGCUCAUGCAGGUACGCCAGACUCGUCUACCCCGGGAGUAGAUAUCCGUCCGCAAAGUCCGACACGAUAACAAAUGUGUUGUGAGACGGGGGAGAAGGCAUCCGUCGACGUAACCAAAGGAUCGAAUUGAGAGAGACCGGGAUAAAGGGCCGUCGAGGCGGAGAGGAGGAAAACUGGUUGUCGUGAGGUCGGACAGACGAACGGACUGACACGAUGGCCACGCAGAUCGGCCAGGAAAAGAGCCAGAACCAGCCGAAAGAGCAGCCGGGCGCGUCGUACGCGAGUGCGGUCUUGAACUUCAAGACGAUAGACAACAACAACAAGGAAAACAUGGGCGGAGAAGCUCUCGAACCGGCGGCUCAAACCGACCAGGGCUGGGAGACGCAGAAGUCGAAACAGAAUUCUAAGACGAAGACGGCGGACGGAUUCCCGACGAUCAACGCCAACGGGAAGACCGUCCCGGCGCAGAAGAACAACGGCAAAGACACCAAGAACAACGUCCCCAACCCCAACAACGGCAACGGAAAAAACGAAGAGCCGCCGGCCAAGCCACUCGCGGAGGCUGAAGCACCGGCCAAAGAAGUCGAAAAAGUCAAAUUCGUCGAAGCUCCCAUUCCAAAAGUCAACCCCUGGUCCGUGAACAAAAAUGCGGCCCAAGUCAUCAAAGGUGGGACAGCAGAGCCGGCCAAGAGACAGAAUAAAAGCGCAGAGAACUACCCCAACAACACCACUGGCAGGGUUUUACAGCCCCACACAAUCGAAAAUGGUACUUACGGCCAAACUGUGCCAGCAAAUGCACCGAAGGAUAAAAGAAAAUUGUCUAAAAAGGGAAGUGACUUCUCAGAUGUUGAAGAUUGGCCGUCAUUAGGAAAAGUGACACAUAGCAUGACUCAAAAAAAGCCUACGACUCCAGUUCCUCCUGCUGCCGCACCUGGAAUAUUAACCAAAAAAGAAUUACCAACCGUGAAAGAGGAAUCGACUAGUGGUGAGAAUAAUUCAACUGGAGGCGUAGAUUCUGAUCAGAAUUCCAGUGAGAAUGAUAAAAAGAAAACUAAAAAUAAAGUCCUUUCCAAGCAAAAAUGGGUUCCUCUUGAAAUUGAUAUUAGCAAAGGAAGAGCAAAACGAGAAAGGUCUCCAAAGCCAUAUUUUAAAGAGAAAACAGCUGUUAGGGAAAACGGUAUGGUCAAUCGAGGCCGAGGCAAGCAUAUAGAGAGAGGACGUGGCCGAGCACGAGGAGGAAGUGUCAGGCAAAAGUAUCCCAAUCCAGAAUAUUCAGACUAUCCUACGGAUUAUACCCAGCUUCACAAAUUUAUUGAAAGUAGCGACUUUAUGGUACCGUAUUUUGGGACGUAUUACUACGAUAGUUCAAAUUAUAACAGCCUCGAUGAUCCAACUUUAACUGAAUAUCUCCGGAAUCAAAUUGAAUAUUAUUUUUCGGAAGAAAACUUAAUGAAAGAUUUGUUCAUAAGGAGAAAGAUGGAUCCAAAUGGUUAUCUUCCUAUUACAUUAAUUGCUUCUUUCCAUAGAGUUAGGGCGCUUACUACAGACAUGAACAAAAUUAUUAAUGCUAUCGUCUCCUCUGAUCAACUUGACUUAGUUGAUAAUUUUAAGGUGAGGACAAAGAACCAACCGACCAAAUGGCCUAUACCCGACACAGUUGGGAAUCCGAUAUUUCUGACUCCUCAGCAUCCUCUUGCUAUGCAUCCCUUAGGGGCACCGGUUAUUCAAAUGCCUGUCGUAAAUACACAAACGAACUUAGUUAGAGGCAACAACGCUUUUCCUCUUCCAGUUGUUCCCCCUCCUGUCACAUAUUCCAUCGGGAAUGAAAAUUUAAAUCCAGAAGUGCCUGAAUUCGUUCCAGUCCUUUCAUCAGAAAACUCAAUCGAAGAUACAGUAGAAAAUGAGAAAAAUAAACUGGAAAAACCAAAGCAAACGGUUGACGGGAAACAAUCGAAGGAAGAAAAGACAGAAAGCUUAGAAAAAAAAGUAGAAGAAGUUAAAACAUCUAACGAUGGCCCUCAGGAUGAAUUCGUUUGGAAAGAGGUAAAAAGAAAAUCAAAACCAUUUGGGCCAAAAGUGUAUAAACUUGAACAGAACAAUUCUGAGCAACUGUCAAAUCAUGCGAAAGAAAGGGACGAACUUGAUUUUCAGUUUGAUGAAGAACUCGCCGUACCUGUUGGACGAAUCAAUAAAUUUAGCGAAUGGUCUGACGACGAAGAUGACUAUGAAAUCAGUGAUAACGAAAUAAAUAAACUUUUAAUCGUUACUCAGACUUCACAGUCUUCUAGAGGGAUAAAACACGAAGGACAUGAUAGAACAGGAGAUUGGACUACUCGUGUGAAAAUGUCACAGGAUUUGGAACAAGCGAUAAAUCUCGGACUACAGUAUUAUGAGGAAAGCCUUUGGAAUCAACGGGUUUCAUCUUCUUCCACUUAUAAAUCAGUACAAGUCAUUGCUCCUGAAGACUUUGAGAGAAUGGCUCCAAAGGUUCCUCGCAAAUGCAAUCAAGAGGUGCCACCUCCUCCUCCCCCAUCUCUAAAUAUCCAUGAUUUUGAAGAAGACAAUUCUACUGAAAAUGAGGAUGUUCCUGAGGUUACUGCUGAAUCUCCUGAGAAGGGAACAGAUAAAAAUCGAGGACUAAAAUCAGCGCGGUUCUAUGCUGUAGUUAAAGAUCCUGAAAGACCUGAGAAAGGUUAUAAGCGGAAAACGAGACAUAGCCAAAAUCCUCCCGUUGAACACCAUGUUGGCUGGAUUAUGGACGUAAAGGAGCAUCGACCACGGACAACGUCAACUGGAAGUAGUACAGGCACAAGUCCCAAUGAUGGUUAUCUGUCUGGAAGUAGUGCGCCAAGUUCAUUGCCAUCAUUUCAACAUCCCUCGCAUUCGUUGUUGAAGGAAAACAAUUUUACCCAUCAAGUAUAUCACAAAUAUCACUCAAGAUGUUUGAAAGAAAGGAAACAUCUCGGCCCUGGGCAAUCGCAAGAAAUGAAUACAUUGUUCAGAUUUUGGUCGUUCUUUCUUCGACAACAUUUUAACCAAACAAUGUAUAAGGAAUUUAAACGCUUGGCAUUGGAAGAUGCAAAGCAAGGUUUCAGGUAUGGUUUAGAGUGCUUGUUUCGCUAUUACAGCUAUGGGUUAGAAAAAUUUUUUAGACCACAGUUGUACCAAGAUUUUCAGAUGGAAACUAUGGCAGAUUACGAAAAUGGACAACUAUACGGUUUAGAAAAGUUUUGGGCAUUUUUGAAGUAUUAUAAACACAGCUCAGAACUAACAGUGGACCCUAAACUAAAAGGAUACCUAUCCAAAUUUAAGAGUAUCGAAGAUUUUCGUAUUGAAGCAAAUGAAGAUCAAACUACAUGUGGGCCUUUACCCAGUGAUCGCCGGAGAAAUCGUUGUGUCAGUGAAAGUGACACAACACGAAGAAGAGAAGAUGGGCAAUGCAUGAAUAAAUCUUAUUACCAAGCGAGAAACAGGGCAGGUUCUAUUGGCUCUGGUAGAUUUGUUUCAUCAGGACGACACCGGGCUGAUUCUUUAAAUUGUGACCACUUCAAGUCAAAACCUCGGGAGUGGACUAGUCAGGAAUCAAGGACCCGUUCAAGUCAUCAUAAGCAUCUUUCAAAUGAGAACAUUUGAUUUUUUAUUAGAAAAAAAGACUGUCAAAAUCCUUAUAGAUAUAAUUGUGAUCAUCCAUCAGAAAAUUUAAAAAACUACUGACAUAAUUUGUUCCUACAAAGCCAUAUAUAUUUUUCUUCUUUCAUUUUUUCUUUCUUUGAAUUUGAUUUUUUUUUUGUUUUUUUGGAUGGAUAAUCUAAUUGAAAUCUGCAACAUAGAAAUGAUCAUUAAAUUUUGUUACCGUUGUUGAUUAGUGUGUUAAGAUUAAUCUUGGUCUAAAAUAUUGUGUAUAUAUAUAUUAUAGUUAUAUACUAUAUUAUAUAUAUAAUGAAUAGUAAUAAUAAUAAAAUAAAGCUAAAGCAAAUCGCUCAAGGCAUUCGUACAAAAAUUUGUGUUAAUAUGUUAAAGUAUAACAUUGCAUUUGAUUAUAUAAUAAUUGGUGGUUUAAAAAAAGAAAAAAGCAAAAAGAAAUUAAAAAACCACCGCACACCUUGAUUUGCCCAAUUUGUAAAUAUGUGUUAUUUUUGUUUAUAAAUAACAAAACUAAGAAAAUUAAUACUUUUAAAAAUAAAUUUUACUCUUUGGUUUGUUAUAUGUAUAGAUGUAGGAUGAAGGGUGUUCUAGUUAAAAAAAGAUACAAAUCUACCUAGAUGAGAUCUUAAAUAACUGAUGUCACAGAUUCACACUGUAAAAUGAUGGUGGGGAAAAAAUUGCCUUAAUUUAUCAUAACAUCUAUUGUAUUAUGUAGUUUUGUAUAAUAUAAAAUCUUUUCUUUUUUAUACAAAAGUUUAAACAUAUUUGGAACAGAAAUGUUAAUGGUGUUGGAAGUAGGAAAUUUUUGGUUUUAACAGUUGAUUAAAAUCUGGACAAAAAGGCCACACACACAAAUGAUCUCUCCAAUAUUGACAGAUUUAAAAAAUUAAAUAAUAACUUAAAAAAAGGAACAUUUCUGUUCGCCCUGUAUGCUCUUAUUUCCAAUGUGUGUGUAAAAAAAAAAAAUUGGUUCACUCAGUGGCAGUCUUUUUGAUGUUUUAUUAUCAUGAAUAGUGUAUAAUAUUAUACUAUGUAUAUAAUAUGUAAUAAAUAUGUUUGGUAGCCAGUGAAAGCCACUUAUAAUUAUUUUUGUAUGAAAAGUAUAUAUAAUAUGGUACUGUGAAAAAAAAGUUAAUAUUUCCGUACUACUUACAAAAUUCUGCAGUCUUCCCAUUUUUGUUUGUUUUGGUGAAGGGUUCUUUUAAUCUGUAAUUAUGUAUUUAUACAGUAAAUGACUGUGUUUGCUAUUUUAUAAUGUAAA